GCGGUGGCCCGGCCCCGGCGCGGUGCCGCCCUUGCCGCCGCUGGAAGAGCUGCGGCGGUACUGGGAGUGGCUGUCAGGCAGCGGGUGCUGUGUGUCUGGGUUUGUGGGGUAGGCAGCCAUGAGGCGGUGGACGCUCCUUCUCUUGCCGGUGCUCCUCGCCGUCCCGAUCUCCGUCAGAGGCCAAGGUGACUUCUCCUUAGAAGAUGCAUUAUUUGAAGAAAGUACAAAGAAGCCUCUUGUAACUCAGAAGACACCAUCAUCAGAUCCAGAUGAUCCCAAGCCACAACCUCCUGCAAAUCCUAGAGACACUGAUAACCCCAAGCAAGAUCGACCUAAAGGCUCUGACACAUUUGAUGAUUCUGAUCUAUUGGAUGGCAAUUCCCCAAAAGGAGGAAGUGAUGGCAGUGGCAGCAAUGAGCGAAAGGGCCCAGCUCCAGAAACUGGCCAAGAAGAGGCUUCUCCAGGAGCAAUAGCUGGAAUUGUAAGUGCUGUGGGUGCUGCUCUAGUUGGAACAGUAUCUAGCUUCAUUGCUUACCAGAAGAAGAAACUCUGUUUCAAGCAAAGCGAUGAAGAGAAUGUGAAUAUGGAAAGCCAUAGGGGAGCACAAUCUGAGCCACCUGUUCAGCGCACUCUUCUGGAGAACUAAAUUAAAGAAAGAGUGGUGAGGAACAGAUCUUUGGAACUGGAUAAACAACCUGCAUUCUGCCAAAAAAAAAAAAAAAAAAAAA